UAUGAUGAAUCUAGUGGCGUUCGUCAUGUACGUAGAAUGUUUCACCCAGGCCGGGGUUUGGGAGGCCCCCGUGCACGUAGAUCAAACAUGCAUUUUACUAGCAGUUCCACUGGUGGGCUUUCAUCUUCUCAGAGUUCAUAUUCUCCAAGCAAUAGAGAAACCAUGGAUCCUAUAGCUGAGCUUUUAUCUCAGUUAUCAGGCGUGAGACGUUCUGCAGGGCAGCUCAGUUCUUCUGGCCCUUCUGCUUCUCAGUUACAGCAGCUGCAGAUGCAACUGCAGCUGGAGCGACAGCAUGCACAAGCAGCAAGACAACAACUGGAGACUGCACGCAAUGCGACUAGACGCACUAACACGAGCAGCAUCCCCACCACUCUUACACAAUCUAUAGCAGCAACCAAUACAUCUAACACAGAAAGCAAUCAGCAGACUAUACAGAAUUCCCAGUUUCUUCUUACAAGGUUGAAUGAUCCUAAGAUGUCAGAAGCAGAGCGUCAAUCAAAGGAAAGCGAACGGGCAGACCGCAGCUUGUUUGUUCAGGAGCUUCUACUGUCCACUUUGAUGCGGGAAGAAAGUUCCUCCUCAGAUGAGGAUGAACGGAGAGAGAUUGCUGAUUUUGGUGCUAUGGGCUGUGUAGAUAUUAUGCCUCUAGAUGUUGCUUUAGAAAACCUAAAUUUAAAAGAGAAUAAUAAAGGAAAUGAGCCUCCUCUUUGAUGACAUCCCACUUUACAGACAAUGUCCUCUGUGCUGUAUUUGCCAAUGAAAGUGGACAACAACUAUCUUGGGUUUGUUUUGGUGAUUGUAAUUCCAGGUCUGUCACUCUUGUUACAUUGUGUACAUUCAAAGGAAGAGAGAAAAGAUAUAUACGAUAAUCAUUUCCACUUAACCAAUUUUUACUUUUAGCAGGUAAAUAUAGGUUGCAGUGCGGAGAAAACAGCUCUGCAUCCUGUAGCUUGACGUGCAAAAAGCUCUCCUAAUACUCCACAUUCAAACUGAAGAGGAAAAAAUGAAAAAUCUCCAAUGAAGCUGCUGUGUGUAUUUAUGAAUAUUAAUAAAUAAAAAUUGCUUGGAUGGUUUACCUUAA